CGGCACUUCUGGAUCUCUAUCUGUCACCGUCAUCUUCUUCCAGAAUGGUUUCCGAGUCGUGCGGUAAUCCUUCGGUGGAAGUCGAAGCAACCAUGAGUCGUCGACCAAAGUAUGACAAGUCCAAAAUUUGCAUAAAAUGCAAGGUGAAUAAUGGAGCAAUUGUAGUUCGACAUGCCGUCUAUUGCAAGGAGUGUUUCCCCGCCUUGCUGAGUUCCAAAGUAAAGCGAAUUCUUGAGCCUCACAUCAAUCCCAAACCAGAAUCAUCAAGGAAAAAGUCAUUAAAGGCCUCUGGAAAUCUAUUGGUUGGAUUUUCAGGCGGCUUAGGCUCUACUACAUUGCUAGAUCUCAUCUCGAGAAUAUACCUUUCGAAUCGAAUGGAGAUCAAGGAAGAAGGCGUAGCUAAACUAAGAGGCGGGAAAGGCCAUCCUCGCAAUGAACCUGUGUGGGAGAAGGUUACUGUGUGCUAUGUAGAAAUUGCUGCGGGAUUCUCGGGAAUGACAGACCGCACGGAAACAAUCCAGCAAUUAGUUCAAGAGAAUUUUGAAGCCUUAGAUUUCAUUCCCUUGAGAAUAGAGAAUGCCUUUGAUCCUGCCUGGUGGGAUAGAGUGGGAGGAAAGCUUACUUCAGAUAUGAAUGCCGAUUUAAUCAAUGACGACCUUUUUGUAUCAACCGUCUUUGAUAGUCCCGCAUCUGAUCCAGUGCAGAGGCUUCGCUCAUAUAUAUCCGCCCUCCCUACGCAUACUGCCAUAGACAGUACAAUACAUACUCUGAUCAGGAUUUUGUUGCUCUACACCGCACGCUCUACCCGAUCGUCACAUCUAUUAUUAGGCACAAGCUUGACAUCACUGUCCAUAAACUUGAUUUCGUCCAUUGCCCAGGGAGGUGGAUUCUCUGUUCGCGAAGAGGCCCAAGAAGAGUGGAAAUCGGAUUCAAUGGAAACCGUUCGCUUGAUCAGACCGUUGCAGGAGAUUACGAUGAAGGAAUGUUCAAUGUGGGCCUGGUGGAACAAUUUACGCGUGUUGGGGAAGCAGAGGCAUCCAGGGGUUAAGCAAGGAAUCGGAGCCUUAACAAAAGAUUUCAUUGUCGGCCUUGAACGCGACUAUCCAUCCACCGUCUCGACGAUUGCACGUACUUGUGCCAAAUUGGCACCGAGAGUCGGAGCGUUAGGAUCAUGUAUAUUGUCUGGAUAGACCGCUUCAACCCGGCGUACAAGAAUGGGUAUCGCGUAUAUCCAUACGAGCUACCGCACCCUCAUCCCCAUCACACUCCUCAGAUUCGUCUUCCCUGUUGCAAUCGUUGACGCCGUAUUUGUGUUACUCAUGCCAUACUACUUUAAUGAGUCGAAGCUCAAAAAGCAUAUCUGGCAAUAUCACAAACGCAUCGCUUCCCCUUCCUGUAUGGGCGUCAGCGCGUUUGCACAACUCUCCUUCUGACGCUGCUAUCAGUGUGCAACUAGAUGUGAAGGCUGACGACGAGAUUUGGGUGACGCGUAAAGUUGAUCCAAACGAGAUGAAAGCGGCCAUUGGGGAGUUUCUACUGGUAUGACUUGUGUAGGUCAGCGCAGUAGUUAUCCGUCGUCUAGAAAUGUGAUGCUCUGAGAAUGACCUUUGCAUCUUCCGUGAAAACUUGAUUCUGUU